AUGUCUCGUAAUAAAAGGCCCGAACACUUUUAUGAUGAGAAGGAGGCGGAAAAGUAUACCUCGAACUCUCACAUCAUCGAAAUUCAAACUAAACUCUCAGAACGAGCAAUUGAACUCUUGGCUCUUCCAGAAGAAAAGAAUGCAUUAAUACUUGACAUUGGUUGUGGUUCAUGUCUCAGUGGUGAAGUUCUGACUGAAAGCGGUCUCUCAUGGGUGGGUAUCGACAUUAGUAAGGCUAUGUUAAAUGUCGCGAAAGAACGUGAAUGUGAAGGAGACCUUGUUUUGGGUGACAUUGGUCAAUUUCUCCCCUUUCGUAGCGGCACCUUUGACGGUGCCAUUAGUAUUUCUGCAGUUCAGUGGUUGUUCAACUCUGAAACCUCCAGCCAAAAUCCCAUCAGGCGAAUUCGUACCUUUUUCGCUUCUCUAUACGCUUGCUUGUCUCGAAGUUCUCGAGCUGUUUUACAAAUCUACCCUGAAAGCUCUACUCAACUGGACCUACUUCAGACCGAGGCAAUUAGGGCCGGCUUUACCGGAGGUAUCGUAGUUGACUUCCCCAACAGUACUAGAGCCAAAAAAUAUUUUAUGGUAUUGAAUGUGGGAGUUAUACGAAGUCUUCCACAAGCCAUGACUGGUGAUGAAGCUACCGGCGAGACUGUAACCAUGGUGGAACAACGUCGUCAGGCGUUAAAUAGACUCCGCGAGACCAGGAAAAAUGGCAAGUGCGCAAAGAAGAGUGUCGCUUGGAUAAAACACAAGAAGGACCUUGCUCGCAGACGUGGAAAGGACGUUGCACAUGACUCCAAAUUUACGGGACGAAGUCGUGGCCCAAGAUUCUAA